ACCAUACCUACCAAUUAUAUAUCCACUGUUACUUGUGCUACUAACUUAUGUUGAACGCACCUUUUUCUAUGCAAUUCAAGUUUUAGUUCAUUUUGUGUGUUCAAAUAUUUUUUUUCAAGAGCUUCAAGUUAUUUUUAGGUGACUCGAAAUCAAGCUCAGAAUCUAUUACCAUGUUCUCCUCAAAAUAUCGGACUCCACUGAUAUUCAGAACUUUCUCAUCCGCCAGCUCAAACGAUAUAUUAUUCGAAGUGAAAAAUAACAUCGGUAUCAUCACCUUGAAUCGCCCAAGAGUUUUGAAUUCACUGACAGCAUCCAUGGCCAGCGCAAUGUAUUCCAAACUAAAAGAAUGGGAAAACGAGCGUUCCUUUAUUAUCGUUAAAGGAUCCGGCGAUAAGGCGUUUUGCGCCGGGGGCGAUAUUAUCUCAAUCACGAAGAACAAAUUCGAAGGACUUUCAUUAUUCAGUAAACAGUACAGCUCGAACUAUCUAAUCAGCAAGUAUAAAAUACCUUUCGUUUCAUUAUGCGAUGGAAUAACUAUGGGAGUCGGAGCCGGAUUCAGUAUCCAAGGAACUUAUCGUAUUGCCACUGAGAGAACCAUAUUCGCGAUGCCUGAGACUAGAAUUGGUUUAUUGACCGAAUCAGGUUCCAGUUAUUUUUUACCCAGGAUGGAGGGUAAAUUGGGGUUAUUUUUAGGUCUAACUGGACACAAGCUUGAAGGAAUCGAUGUGCUUAAGGUUGGCGUCGCCACACAUUUCCUUCCCAGUGAUAAGAUUGCAGAUUUAUUUGAUAGAUUGGUGGAAACAGAGGCUGAUUCCAUUGAAGAUGUAUUGAAGAAAACUACCAUUGAUGUUGGAAACAAGGAGUUCAGCUUGAAUUCCAAGAUGGAUUUAAUUAAUUCGUGCUUUGAAGGCGAAUCGGUCGAAGAUAUUAUCGAAUUGUUGCAAACUGAAGGAUCGCCUUGGUCUAGACGUGUUCUGGAUAUUUUGAGUAGAGCAUCUCCCACGUCUUUAAAAAUUAGUAAGAAGGUGAUCGAUUUUGGAGCAUCGAGAGAUCUUCGUGAUUGCCUAGUUACAGAGUUCAGAUUGGUUUGGAAUGCGGUUCAAUGCAGUAUUACUUCUGAUUUUUAUGAAGGUGUUCGAGCUGUUUUAAUAGACAAAGACAAUAAUCCAAAAUGGUCUCCGAGAUGCUUAGAAGAAGUCGAUGAUGCAAAAGUUUCCAAAUGUUUCUCUCCUUUACCUCCUGGAGAAGAACUUGAUAUUUGAAAAUACAGUGGAAAUCGCUUACAACGAGAUUCAAGGGACCGGACUUUUUGCUCGUUGUAUCCGGUCUCUCGUACUAAAAGGUUUUGCAUUUAUAACGAGUAUCUUGUAAUAACCGGAUAUAAAGAGCUUCUCGUAAUAAAUGAUACUCGUAACACAUGCAGCAAAAAAAAAUUGUCAAUUUUACUACUAUUUUUGACUUGUCAAAUCGAUUGGAAACGGUUUCGAAUCGUUUUGAGUAGUUCUAGAGCCUCCAACAGUUUUUUAGAAAGUUCUGUUUGAUCAAAAAAUGCCACAAAAUCUGUCGGAAUUUCAAAAUUUUACUAAAUUAACAUAUGAAGCUGAAAUUUGGGAUUUAAUGAAUGUUUUCUGCAUGAACACUCGUUAUAAGCGGAAGAAAAAACAAUAAAACGAACCAAAUUUCAAGAAUUUUAGCUCGUACUAUCCGGAUUCCUCGUUAUAAAUGAGCUCGUUCUAACAGGUACCAUUUUGUACAUGUUUAAAUGGCGUUGUACUCGGGACCGAGCAUUUUGCUCGUUAUAUCCGAAAUCUCGUACUAACCGAUCUCAUUAUAAGCGAUUUCCACUGUAUGUACCUUUGAGAUGAGAAGUAUAAUAAGAUCGGUGGGCAAUUUUAUCCAAGAGUGAAUUUAGGGAGGAGGCGAGGGGGAAAUACAAAUUCUUAGACCAUUAAUCCUACUGGUGAAAAUGUUUACUUCCCCACAUGGAGUUUGCCCGUUUGAAAACUUUUUUUUGUUGGAAAUUUUCUCUUUCUUUUGGCAAUGCUGUGAGGGGGGGGGGAUUGAUUUUUUAAAAAUAUUGUUCUUUGUGUUCUAUUCAAAGAAUAGCUGGACAUUAGGUACUCACUUUCAUUUAAAUUUUAUGAAAGAAAUGAAAAAAAACCAUCAACAUUUUUAUUUUUAAGAUCUAAACGAUUUAUCUAAGAAUGUAUUUA